GGCAACGGACUCUAUUUAUUCUUUUAAAGUUACAUUUAGGAAUCCCCUUUGAAUUGGGGAAAGGAUUAUAUUAUCAAACCAAACAUUCUUAAAUUGUCGAAAAGAUUGUACUUAAAUAAAUGUGCCAUGCAACAUUACAGUAUGUUCUAAUCUACAGGCUUUCAGGGAACUCGCUGUGAAAGUGAAGGAAGAUUGAGGUUUAGUGAAUUUGAAAGGAGUCGUGACAGAGAGCAAGGCAAGGUGUGGCGAUACAGGAAUGGCAGCAAACACUUCUCGUCUGGAAGAAGAGCUUUCUUGCGUUGUGUGCUGUGAGAUUCUCAAGGAUCCUGUAACUCUUCGUUGUAACCACAGCUUCUGUAAAGCAUGUCUGGAUCAGUGCUGGCAAGAGAAGAGAGCUCGGGAGUGUCCAGUGUGCAGGAGGAGGGCUUCACCAGGGGAGCUUCCUGUGGAUUUCAAGCUCAGGAAUAUUGUGGAGUCCUUCUUAAAAGAACAGAGUCACAAACCCCCAGCACCUCCUGGAAUACUCUGCAGUCUGCAUGAGGAAAAACUGAAGGUAUUCUGUUUGGAUGAUAAGGAGGCUAUCUGUCUUGUUUGUCAAAUAUCAAAGAAACAUGAAAAUCACAAGUGCCGCCCAGUGGAGGAGGCAGCACAGGAUUAUAAGGGAGAGCUCAAGACUGCGCUGAAGCCCUUGCAGGACAAGCUGAAAACCUUUAAUAAAGUUAAAGAAGAAUGUGAUGAAACAGCAGAGCACAUCAAGAAACAAGCCCAGCAAACAGAGAGGCAGAUAAAAGAGGAGUUUGAGAAACUUCACCAUUUUCUACGAGAUGAAGAAAAGGCCAGGAUAGCUGCGCUGAGGAGGGAAGAGGAACGAAAGGGAAGAAUCAUGAAAGAGAAGAUUGAAAAACUUACAAGAGAAAUCUUAUCCCUUUCAGACACAAUCCGAGUGAUAGAACAGGAGCUGGAAGCUGAAGACAUCUUCUUCCUGCAGAAGUACAAAGACACACAGAGCAGAGCAGAGUGCACCCUGCAGGAUCCACAGUGUGUUUCAGGAGCGCUGGUAGAUGUAGCCAAGCACCUGGGCUCUCUGAAGUACAAAGUAUGGGAGAAGAUGCUGUGGAUUGUUCAAUACACUCCGGUGACUCUGGAUCCCAACACAGCACACCCUGCUCUGAUACUGUCUAAGGAUCUAGCAAGUGUGAGAAACAGCAGUGAUAGACAGCAGCUUCCUCACAACCCAGAGCGGUUUGAUCGCUGUGUUAGUAUGCUGGGCUCUGAGGGAUUCACCUCAAGGAAACACUGCUGGGACGUGGAAGUGGGGAACAAACCUGACUGGGAUCUGGGUGUGACAAGAGAGUCCAGCCAGAGGAAAGGGAUCUUCACUCUGAACCCAGGAGCAGGAUACUGGGUUAUAACCCUGAGGGGUGGGGAUCAGUACUGGGCAUGGAGCUCACCAGUGACACGAUUCACUCUGCAGAAGAAACCCUGGAAGAUCAGAGUUCAGCUGGAUUGUGACGGGGGGGAGGUGGCAUUCUUUGACUCCAGUGAUAUGAGACCCAUCUACACUUUUAAACACAGAUUUACUGAGAGAAUAUUUCCAUAUUUCUGGUCUGGCUUUCCUAACUCUGCCCCUCUCAGAGUGUGCCCUGUGAAGACAGUUAUAAAAGUGGACUAGGCCAAUGUGUUCAGGAUGAGCCAUAGGGGAUUAAUAAUAAUAAUAAUAAUAAUAAUAAUAAUAAUAAUAAUAAUAAUAAUAAUAAUAAUAACAGUCCUGUGGCUCUGCUGCUCACUGAUAGGGGGGUGAGGUGUGGUAGUGUGACAAAGUGCCCUCCCCUGUGUAUAUUAACUGUUAUGUUGCGUGUGGUGUGUUAAUUUUGG